AUGCUUAUAGUCGGCCUGACGGGUGGAAUAGCGUGCGGAAAGUCGACAGUAUCUAAAAGACUCGAAGAAAGCUAUAAAAUUCCUGUCAUAGACGCGGAUAAGAUUGCCAGAGAAAUUGUGGAACCUCAUCGCGACGCUUACAAUCAGAUUGUUCGUCAUUUCCAAGCUAAGAUUCCAGAUUUGCUUCAAAGCGAUGGCUCGCUAAACAGAGUGGCACUUGGAAAGUACGUUUUUGCAAACCAUGCAGAUCUAAAAGUUCUGAAUGGAAUCACGCAUCCUGCAGUCCGCUUUGAGAUUUUUAAGCAGAUUCUAUGUUAUUACUUCCAGGGGAAGAAAAUGUGCGUUUUGGAUGUUCCUCUGCUAUUUGAAAGUGGCCUUGAUAAGUUCUGCGGCGUCACUGUGAGUGUUAUGUGCGACCAGAAGUUGCAGAUUGCCAGGAUUUGUUCCAGAAAUUCGGAGUUGUCCCACCAGGAUGCAGAAAACCGAAUUAAGGCGCAGAUGACACACAAAGAAAGAUCACGACGCUCUGAUUACAUUCUAGAGAACAACGAUACAACCGAGUUGCUUUACGGGCAGGUUCAGACAUUGGUCGGGAAAAUUAGACCUUCGUGGACUAGAACUAUCCUCGAGUAUUUCCCUCCUUUUGCCAUAGUCAGUGCUCUUGCUGUCGUGCUUAUUAAACAUCUGAGGGCCCAGUAA